AUGCCCUCAGCAGGCCCAGGCCUUGCUCCCGAACGAGCGUCAGCCUUCCAGUCUCAAAUGGAUCGGAGAAAAAAGGCGGCUGCUAUCGCUGUACCCACAGAUGACAAAAGGGUUCGAGAGCGCUUACGGCAGUUGGGUGAACCGGUCACGGAGUUUGGGGAGGGACCUGGAGACCGCAGAGACCGCUUGAGAGAGCUUCUUGCAGACCUGGCUAGGGAUGAUGUGGGACAAGCUGAAGAUGGAGAUGCGAAGAUGCUUGACGCUGGCGAGGGAGACGACGACGCGCCAGAUGAGGAAUUCUAUACCAAGGGGCUACCAGAACUUGUAGAGGCAAGAAGGGCCAUUGCGAAGUACUCCUUACCAAGAGCGAAGAGUAGGCUGGCUAGUCAGAAAUCAGAGUCAACCAUUCCACUGAGGACGCACGUCAAAUUUAGGAAGGAGAUCAAGGCGAAGCUGGAAGGGUUCGAGCUUCAGGGCAGUCAAACGGCAGGAGAUAGACCUGUGAGCAUGACCCGAUUUGCGCCGAAUGGGGAGAUAAUUGCUGCUGGAAACUGGGGAGGUGGAAUCAAACUGCUCAGUGUUCCGGACCUGAAGGAAAUACGCACCUUGCGCGGACACACGGAUCGGAUUGGGGGCGUUUCUUGGUUUCCAGAUGCUACUUUACCAGGUACAACCGUGUCGGAGCAUUCUGUCAACCUAGCGUCAGGCGGUGCAGAGGGCAAAGUUCAUCUUUGGUCAAUGGCGCAAGAUACCCCGAUCUCGACACUCGAAGGCCAUAACCAGCGUGUGUGUCGAGUCGAGUUCCACCCUUCCGGAAAUUACAUUGCUUCGGCAUCUGAGGACACAACCUGGCGGCUCUGGGACGUUGAAACGUCAACAGAACUUCUCCUGCAGGAAGGUCAUUCUAGAGGAGUCUUUGCCCUGGCUUUUAAUACUGAUGGCUCUCUCUUGGCCAGUGCUGGUACGGAUAGUAUCGGCCGCAUCUGGGAUUUACGAACAGGGCGCACGGUUAUGAUUCUUGAAGGUCACAUCAAGCCGAUCUACGCAUUGGACUGGGGUGUUGAUGGCCACCGUGUACUUUCCGGUUCUGAAGAUGGCUGGAUCAAAUGUUGGGAUGUACGAAAGGUCCAACCAUCUGGUGGGAUCGGCGCACACAGGAUGGUUUCGGAUUUGAGGUGGUACAAAGGACUGGAUGAUCCGGCUCGAGGCCUGUUCCCUGAGCUUGAUGAACAAGGAGCUCGAAGACCCAAAAAAGCGGGCACUUUCUUCGUGUCCAGUGGAUUCGACAAGACUGUGAAGAUUUUUUCGGCAGAUGACUGGUCUCAAGUUCAGAGCUUGACAGGCCACACUGGAAAUGUCCAUAGUGUGGAUGUCACUAAGGAUGCGAGAUGGAUCGUCAGUGGUGGGUAUGACAGGACAGUCAAGCUUUGGGGACGGAAUGACGGCCAGGGACUUUGA